CACACACACUCCUCUCUUGAUACUUAGGAAUUAGAUUAAGUGCAAAGUAAACACAGGAGGACUUGCUUUCCUGACUAUCUUGGGAAAGGUGCCAAUGCUUUGUUUGUUUGGAAAGUCAAGUUUCGCACCAUCUGCAUAAGUCCUGGUAGUGCUGCACACCUUGGAGCCCAGGGAAAGGGCAUGGGAAAGAGCCAGUGUGAUGUAGGAGUUAGGGUGUGAGACAUCCAGUGCACAUUUAAAGCAUGCGGUUUCACUCAAAGAAUCCAGGGAGCUGUAGUUUGUUAAGGUUACUAGGAAGUGUAGCUCUGUGAGGGGGAAACUACAGUUCCCAGGUGAGGGGCAGCCAUGUAAUUUCAGUGUGCACUGGAUGUCCUUUUUAAAUGUAUGGUGUGGAUCUGCCCUCAGUUAAGCCUUGCUGCACAAUUUCUGAGAAGCGAGCCCCAUUGAAUUUCAUGGACUGUACCUCUUGAGUAAAUACACAUAAAAUUGCGCAGUCAGAGCACUUGGAUUUUAGAACUACAGGAGGAGAUGGCGCUUCCAUUUGAUUAAACCCUCAAACAUCAGUUUAAGAUUGUGGGCCAAGUUAAUUAUUGCAGGCUUUCCAAUAACAUUUCUAUUCCCCUUUUAUAAAGCCGGAGCUGAGAGACACUGAUUUGUUCAAGGUCACCGCAAGUAAUGGAUGAUCAGGGAUUCUUCAUAACAGAUUCAUUUCCUUGGGAUUUUUGUUUAAUCCCCUUUUCCUUCUGCACUUAUCCAUUUAGUGUAAGUAUUACAUCACAGCUUGAACAAACCAAACACUGUUUUUCUCCCUGAUCCAGUAGUAAUGUACAGUGCCCAUGUUUUCGCCGUGGCAUUAUAUUUUUAAACAUGAUGUUUUCUAGUUAUAUACGGCCUAAACUUGGAGGUGGUGUGGGAGUGAGUACAGGCACUGGAGAAAACAAAAACCUGCUGUAAUUUGCAAGUGAGGCAAACAUUAGGAAGACUCCAAAAGAAAAGGGGGAAAGGAGCUCAGAUUAAAUGCCAAGCCAAUAAACUUUUCUUUGCUUUUCUUUUUUGCUGUUUUAGCUAAUUUAGGCACUGUGGUGUGUUGAACUUUGGUUUAGCCUCCACAUACUUCCUUUAGUAACUUAGUUGAUUUGGGGGCAGUGACUAGAUCUCCCUGAAUUGACCUCUUUGGCCACAAAGUGUCUGUGUACUUUUUGUGUCAAAUGGAAGGGAUGGGGCAGUAAAAUCUGACUCCCUCCCAAUCUGACCUUUCUACUCUGGGAUGCGUGUCGCCAUUUCCCCCCAAGCAAGGCCAGUUCUCCACAUUAGGCAAAAUGAGGCAACUGCCUCAGGCAUCAAAUGCGGGUGAUGGUGGUGCUGCCAUUAAGGUGUUGGAGAACAGGGUUGUGUAUGCUAAACAGCCUAUCCUUUCCUCCACUAACUUAAUCAGCUGUCCUCCUGGCAAAGGAGAAUGUCCCAUUCCCAGUGCUCAAGUAAGAUUCAACGCUCAUGCCAAUCAAUUUCUGUGUGUGGAACUGAGGGAGGGGCAUGUUUGUCCUUUGCCUCAAGCAGCAAAAUAUCUUGGGCCUGCCCCUAGAUCACUUCACUUUCAUUAUCGGAGUGGGGCUAAGGGGAAAUGGCUGUUCGGUGAUUUUGCUCCCCUCUCCAUGUGCUCCAUUUGACAUUAAAGGUCAGCCCUCCGACCUCUCCAUCUUAUGGUUUGUAUGGCCCAUUUAGCCCUUUAAAAGGUUAUAUUCAGUUUCUUGGCAGAGCUUUUAACACAGGUCUGCAGCAGCGGGUGCAAUUAAUUCAGUGUGCACAAUUAAUUCAGCGUGCCUCCGUUUAAUGCAUUGCAAACAAAGCCACAAAAGUAACCCAGGCACAUAUUUGUUAACCAUGAGUGGCUAAUUACUCCAAUUAGGACAAAACCCCCAAAGCUUUGCCCCUCCCCCCACUUGGUCACCUGGAAUUUAUUUUUACUCACCACUGGUGAACAGGAAGUGGCUAUAUAGAAGCCUGAAUUAUGUUCACGUGACAAUUCUACUCAGGUCUGGGAUCACUUGAUUUUCUCACAAUGCUGAAGCUGGGCAGUCUCAGAGACAAAUUGAAAUCCUCUAUAAAGAAGAAGCAAAAGGAAACCCGAUUCUAAGAACUCUGCAGGUUGGAGCAGAUUGAUUAUCUGUUGCUUUUUGCUGACAUUCAGGAACUUAUUCUAAUGGGUAAAGAGUCACUCUUUGAAAGUGGAGAUAUUUUCAAAGAACACAGCGGGUGUGACCGAGAUUGCUAAAGGAGAUCACAAGCUAACUGGGUUGCAAGAGUCAGUGAUUUGCUUGAGUAUACAAAUUUGCCACCCUGGAUCACACUGGAACACCCAGUAUUCUUCUGCACCAUGAAGCUGUACUCUGGGACAUGUCCCACACCCGUCUUUGCAAUCACAAUGCUGUUUCUGAUCAAACAGGCUGAAGGAUCUUAUGAGAAAAUAAGAGUGAAUUUGCUUAACUAUAAAGAAGCAUGCUUGAAAAUGUUGCACGAGUCUGCGAUCAGCCCAGGAAUAUACUGCAAUGGGAGUUUUGAUGAAUUUGUUUGCUGGCCUCAUUCACCUCCAGGAAUAGUCUCGGUUCCCUGCCCACAUUAUUUACCAUGGAUAGAAAAUGGAAGUGCAAGAAACGUAUACAGAAUCUGCUUGGACCAAGGGAUUUGGAAAAAAGUUGAAAACUCCACUGUGGUCUGGGAUAACCGCACUGAAUGUUCUGGGGAAAGCCACUACCAGAGAAAAGAUGAAGAACAAACAUUGUGGAUCUCCACCCUGUACAUUUAUACUGUGGGAUAUACUUUUUCUCUUGUUUCCCUUGUCUUAGCACUUUUCAUACUGAUGUUGCUCAGGAAACUGCACUGCACAAGGAACUACAUCCAUAUGAAUCUGUUCGUUGCGUUCAUCUUGCGAGCUGCAGGAGUUCUCAUCAAAGACAGAACAACCCACAGCACUUAUGUAUUUCUUUAUGUGGACUCUGAAAAGCCAAGUGAUCUAAAUGGAUGGAUAUCCUUCUCAAGUCCAGAGAAGUUGUUCCUAUGCAGGAUGGCUCAGCUUUUGAUGCAUUAUGUUGUUGGGGCAAAUUUCUUCUGGAUUUUAGUGGAAGGGAUUUACCUCCAUAGAUUAUUGGUAGCCACUGUGCUUUCUGAGAAACAUCUGCUGCUGAGAUACAUCUUCAUUGGAUGGGGUUUUCCAGUUCUCUUUGUGGCUUCCUGGGGAAUAACAAAAUACCAACUGGAGUAUGAGGGAUGCUGGGCAACACAUCACAACAUGGCAUUCUGGUGGAUCAUUCGCGGGCCCAUUUUGUUUUCCAUUGUUGUUAACUUCUGCAUCUUUCUAAAAAUUGUGAAGCUGCUCCUUUCCAAACUUAAAGCCCAGCAAAUGAGCUUUCGUGAUUAUAAAUUCAGACUGGCAAGAUCAACCCUUGUGUUAAUACCAUUGCUUGGGAUUCACGAGAUUGUCUUUAACUUCAUUGUGGAUGAAAGAAUUGAUGGUCUUUCCAGGCACAUAAAAGUCUUCAUUCAGCUGACCCUGGGCUCCUUCCAAGGUUUCUUUGUAGCACUUUUAUACUGUUUUUCUAAUGGAGAGGUAAAAGCUGAACUGCGCAAGAAGUGGUCCCAUUUCUUGCUGGCAUCCCCCUUUGUCUGCAUGCCGUGCUUUCUCGGAAAGAACAUCAAGCACCUGGGGAGAUGUUCCAAGAAAGAGCAUUCGAACAAUAAUUGCUUCUCCCUGGAGGUGACUCAGCCUCAGAGUACACAAGUGGCAAAGCAGAGGACAGGCGGCAAAGCGGAGCUAAGCUUCGCAUUAAAGCAUAUUCCCAGAGCAAGCCUCUCAGACAGCAGUGAAGGAGAAGUCACAAUGGGGGAGACGACCGAAGAAGUCUUCGAAGAAAGCGAGAUUUCGAUUUGUAACAAAAGUAAAAACUGAGAUACCUGAUUAGAUCAAUGAGGGAUCUUGCAUCAUGUGCCAUGUGGGAACCGCUGGAAGUAGGGGGGGGAGGAGCCCAUGAAAGAAAAAGAUGGUGAAAAUAGCUUCUUAGCAUUUUCCUCCAGGUUGACUCUUCCCAGGUAAUUCCCCCCCCCCCGCCAAAAUUAAAGCCAGCCAAGCCUGGUAACUGCAUGAAAAUGGCUUCUCCUUGGUCCAGAACCAGAUAUAAAAUCAGGAAUAAAAGGAAUAGACUGAGCACCUUGAAAGAGCCUGCUGUUUCUCUUAGGUUUCCCAACAUUGACCGCCACUAUUGGAGCCAUCAAUCUGAUCCCAUGGGAUUGCUCUGCAGCAUCUCAGAAAGGACAACCAUUGCUUUUGUGAUACUGUUAAACAAGAAGCUGAAUUCCAACAAUGACUAAAUGAACAGGAUUGACAUUUAGGAACGUGUGGGAUUGUAUAUAUUUAUAAGCACAUUUUCCAAGCUUUGCUGUAAAAAUUAUGAAAUGCUGAACGGACUUGUUUUUAGGGCACAGCCGCUAAUGCAUCUUUUAAUACAUGUAAUAUACAAAGUUGUGGUUCUUUCUUCCAUUAUCCUACCAACAGACCUGCAAAAGGAGUCAUUAUUACUUCCACUUUGCAAAUUUAUUUUAAACAUCUUUAUACCGCCUCUUAACAGGGAGAAAACUGAUAUGACUGGAGAUGAAAAAUCUGAGAAGCUUCAAAAUCACCAGAUGGGGGGGGAAAUGGGAGGGAGGUGGUGGCAACAUUACCCAAAUGCAUCUAUUUGUCAAACAGCAAGACAGUAUGGUGUGUUUUACAAAUUUAGGAUGAGUUAAUGAGAGAACAAGUGAAUAGGUAAGCAAGCAGAAAAGGGCCAAGCUAGAAUUUGCAACCAGAUCCAUGUAACAUUUUUUCAAUACAGCAUUUUUAUUUAAGAAGCAGCAGCCUGGGGAGUGAGGUGGAGGACCAAAUGGGUGGUGUGCUUGCUCCUUUUACCACCAGCCAGGCCUUUCCUCAGAAUUCUACCAAGCUGCUUUUCUCCCCAUGGAGGAGAAAAUAUGGGUAACCCUAGGUCCACCAGAAGCUGCUUCACACCGUCUUGAAAUCACAAGCAACUGCUAAGCUAUGUACCCGCACAGCUCCAGGCCUGCUGUGUUACCUGUUGUCAUUUUUAUUUCACAAGCUGUUGAUCUUACAUGUAUUUUCACAGAUUUAAAAAUGGGAAGCUGCCGAAUUGUUUUCCUUCCUUAUAUAUUGUACCCACUGUGAAAUCCAAAGGCUGGUUUUGUCACGUGUAAUUAGUUCUGAAUUUAUGUGCUGCUUGAUGUACAAUGACUUCUAAGCAGUGUACAAGUAUAUUUUUAAAAAUCAUUGAUCAAAUCCAUACAUAACUUUGAAAGGCAAGCGUUCUCUGCAAUCCCUCCUGCUGAGUCUCAGGAGGUGGCCACACCUAUGGAGAUGAGCCAUUUUCCAAAAUAUAUAUGUAGAUAAUAAUAAUCCUGAAGUAAAUAAAACUCCAGGACCUUAUCAAGCAAGUUAUAGAUCAGCUAAAUCCAUCAUUCAAGAAACCUGGUUGAUAUACUGUCCAUGUUCUUGAGAGCGAUAACGUGGCUUGGUAAAAUGCCAUUCAUUCUAGACUGUGCUUCUUGACAGUGGAUUUUUGCAGCCAUUUGUGCAAUUCUUUUAAGACCAGUCGUCUUUCAAAGUAUAUUUUAUGGUACGUAUCCAGAUUUCUUGUAAUGAGGGUUGCUAUUAUUUCCUUUUAAGAUGUUCUGUGUUUUCAAAUGUUUUGUAGGAUUCCAUUGACACAAAGACCAUGCCCUUUAUACUGCAAAGUUAGCUCUUUUUAAAACAAAAUUUCAGCUGUCUUAACCUGUCUUUAAUGUUCUUUCCUAGUCUCUAACAAGGACCAGGUCUUGGUAGGGAAUAACACUGUGUCAUUGAAUGAGAUGAACCUAAAAUGGCCACCCAGUUGCAAACACUGCUGGAUGCAAUCCAGGGAAAGUUAUACUCAGAUCCUACUGAAAUUAAUGGAACUUCUUUCCAUAUAAUUGCACUUACACUUAUGCAGCCUACAUGCUAGAAAACAGCAGUUCCUCUGAGACCAGCCUGAGCACUCUGGGAUUCAUUGCUCUGUUGACGUGCUGAAUUAAUGUUUACACAAAGGAAGUUGGAGAAUGCCCAGCACGUCCCUGUUCCAUAUCAUUAUGCUGGUCAGACAACUCCCCAGAUAAUAAGCAAAACUUUUCCUUUUACUCUAGCAGGGAAUGAGUGGUUUGUACACAAAGCCCUCUGGCACACAGCUUUUGUAAGAACACACCAAAUAGGCAGGCAGUAAUAUUACCCAAUGGACUAUUACCUAUUACUCUGUGUAGACAUGAAGGUUGCAAUGUGCUUUAAUUAUCACCUGAGAGAGACAGAAUAGGUAAAGAUGGAAUCAAUUCUUAUGUUAAGAUGAAAACAUUGAAACAUUGAAACCAAGAAAGUUUUUCCGUACAUCCAAGGGGUGGAAACUUUAUUUUUUAAAAAUGAAAGUUGAAUGCCAAGUUCUGUAUCAGGUAUCAAAGUUUAUGACUUCAAAACAAUCUUACGGAUUUAGGUCUGGUUCACAUGUUACAUUAAGCCAAGUCAUGGUUUAGCACGAAUGUGCAAGCGUGAAGUCUCCCAGAAAAGAGAUUGCAACCACUUUGCUCCUCUCUGCUCAUUUUGCUGAUGAACCAUGCUAAUGACUUGAUGUGGCGUUGUACUAACCUGGCCCGAUGGUUUAGCUCUCUUCAAACUAAUCAUGACUGCUAAGCUUACUAAGGAAUCUUUGGUGAGAGGAACUUUACUAAAAGCUUUUUAAAAGUCUAAGUGCACAAUUUAUACCAGGCACUUGUAUAAAUAUACCAAAGUCUUGAAGAACUUUAAAAGGUUUGUGAGACAGGACUUACUUUGGAGAGGCCAUUUUGAUUCUUCUUCAGCAGGACUUCCUAUUCUAUAUGCUUGAUGAUUUUAUAUUGAAUCAUGCUUUCCACCAGUUUUCCUCAAACAGAUGUACUGUAAGCUAAGAGCUUUAAAUUUCCUGGAAACCUUUUAAAAAAUUGGUGUUA